CGAACAUUGCUCUGAUACUGUAGACAAAGCCUCGCCAAACUACACGCAGUCUGUCCAGCAUGGCGGACGAGCCCGGCACCCUCAACUGGCGCCUCAGUGACCACCCCAUCACCCUCCUCACAUACUUGGGCUUUCGGAUAGGCAGUCUACUAAUGUACCUUUUCGGCGUCCUAUUCAUCCGCAACUUCGUCCUCGUCUUCAUCCUCACCCUACUUUUGUUGUCUGUCGACUUCUACUACCUCAAGAACAUCGCUGGCCGGCGCCUCGUGGGCCUACGAUGGUGGAACGAAGUCAACACCUCAACAGGCGACAGCCACUGGGUCUUCGAGUCCGCACCACAGGAGGGCCGUGACCAGAACAAAACGGACAAACGCUUCUUCUGGCUGAGCAUGUACAUCGUGCCCGGCCUGUGGGUAGCGCUGGCCGUGCUCGCGCUCGUCAGGCUACAGAAUCUGAUUUGGUUGGUCACGAUUGCUAUCGCAUUGGCGCUGACCAUUACAAACACCGUUGCUUUCUCCCGCUGCGACAAGUUCAGCCAGGCUUCGAGUUUUGCUGGGACUGCGUUCAUGGGUUCGGGUAUUGCGAGGAAUUUGGCGAGUAAUAUGGUGGGACGGUUCUUUAAGUGAGAGAUGGAAUGUUGCUCGUGCCGAGGAAGAUCGGGGUGAAAGAACCAGGGCUGUAUGUUUGUUCGACGAAAACAAUAUAAUGCCGGGCAGCCUUUCUCAGGCUCGUGUUUUGGAAGCCGCUUCCUCUCUCGACACUACAUGUACCAGCUCCCCAAGCAAGACCGCUCCAGCAAGGAUCCUGCAGCGCUCCCUAUGCUGCCUGGAUAUAC